AUGGCACAGGUACCACAGCAAGCCCGUGCCUUGUGCUCCGAGUUCCAGGGCAUCCUCCAGCUCAGCCACUGCACUGAGCACAAGGACUCUCUGUGGGGCCCAGGAGCAGGAAGUCACCCCUUUGGGGCCCACAACACCCGGCCGUCCCCACACUUGUGUCCAGGGAAGAUAGUGUUGAGGGCCCUCAAGGAGAGCGGGGCAGGGAUGCCUGAGCAGGACAAGGACCCUAGAGUCCAAGAGAGUCCUGAUUAUCAGAGAAGAGUCCCCGAGGUCACCGGGGAUGCGUCUGAAUUUAGGCCCCUGCGGGACAAAGGAGGCCUCUCUCCCAUUGUGCCCAGGCCUGGGCCUGUGCAGAGAGACCUCCAUGCCCAGAGGUCAGAAGUCAGAAACAAUGAGAGAUCGCAGACCUCCUGGACGAGCUCGUGCACCAAACGCAAUGCCAUCUCGAGCUCCUACAGCUCCAUGGGAGGCUUCCCGUGGCUAAAGCGGAGGAGGGGGUCAGCCUCAUCCCACUGCCAGCUGACCAUCAGGUCCUCAAAGACAGCGAGUGAGGACAGGCCUCAGGCUGUCUCUUCGGGUCACACCCGGUAUGAAAAGGCAGCAGAUAUAGCACCAGGGCAGACACUCGCCCCCAGGAAUGGCUCCCCCAGAUCCCAGGCGUCUAGGCCCCGUAGACGCAAGUUUCCCCUGCGGCCACGCAGGCGAGGGGAGCCCCUGAUGCUGCCGCCUCCCUUAGAGCUGGGGUUCCGGGUCACUGCUGAAGACCUGGACCGGGAGAAGGAGGCUGCGUUCGAGCGCAUCAACAGUGUACUGCGGGGCGAGCCCAAGGCCAUCUGGGACUGCAGACCCUCAUGGCCUGCCCACACUUUGUCCUCACUUGCAACAGGGGCUUCUGGUCUGCCUGCUGUCUCUAAAGCACCCAGUAUGGAUGCACAGCAGGAGAGACACAAGUCCCAAGACUGCCUGGGCCCAGUGGCCCCCCUAACAUCUGCUGCAGAGGUCCCCUCCACAGCUCCUGUGUCUGGGAGGAAGCGCAGACCAUCAGGCUCCCUGUUCUCCUCCUCACAUCCCCUUCUUGCCACCUCUUCCCACUCCCGGGACUCAGCCCAGGUCACCUCGCUGAUUCCUGUCCCCUUCCUAGCUGCAAGCAUGGAUGUGGGCAUGAGAAGCCCAAGGCCUGGCACUUCUGGAGCCAGUUCUAGCCCUCCAGCCACACCCAUGGAAAUUGACAGUACAGAGGUGGGCCCAGGUCUGCAUUCUGGAGCCAGUUCUAGCCCUCCAGCCACACCCAUGGAAAUUGACAGUACAGAGGUGGGCCCAGGAAACCAUUUCAGUGCGUGUGUGUCUUUGUCCCCGCGCUGGCUGGCCUCUCUGUACCGUGAGAACUUGGGUUAUGCAAGGCUCUGCCUGUCAGCUGAGCAUCAUGAAGCAGCUCUCUUCUGUUCCAGUGAGGCCAACCAGGCUCCAACACCCCUGCCCCGGGCCUGA